CCCAACGUAUAGUCGGGCAAUUACCGUGGAACAGUUGUAUAUCUACCAACAUACCAGCACCCACUCGCCAAAACCAUUCUCCUCCACCCCCUCCGUGUAGAGUGAUUGCAUAAUGAAACAGAAAAAGGAUAUUGAACAGUGUACACGAUAAGAAAUAUCAAUGGUAUUUCGGUGUUUCGCCUGUGCACAGAACGACGAACGAAUAAGCGCAUCGAUCCAAAAUCCGCAUAGAAACGUGUUAGAAACAAAAAUCCGUGAUUCAGCAUGGGGUUAACGAAGUGGGUGAACACACUAUUCCGGUCAAGCAAAGCGGCUGCAGCUGCUACUGAAGCAAUCAAACCGAAAAACAACUCGCCCAGUGCGAUUGGAAAUGAGAAGAAAGUGAAAACACUUUCAAGCCAGCAGCAGAAUGGAUUUGCUUCGGAAGCUACGUUCGAGACGCGGGCCUUUAAGCUGCAUAACCUUGAAGAAGGACCUUCGACCAAGGUGACACUCACCAAGGAGGAUGCUCUGAAAUACUACGGCCAGAUGUACACGAUAAGACGCAUGGAAACGGCUGCCGGCAACCUGUACAAGGAAAAGGUGAUCCGAGGUUUUUGUCAUCUGUACUCUGGCCAGGAGGCGUGUGCCGUUGGAAUGCGUGCGGCUAUGCGUCCCGAGGAUUCCUGUAUCACCGCGUACCGGUGCCACGGAUGGACGUAUCUGAUGGGUGUGUCUCCCGUGGGCGUACUGGCUGAGCUAACGGGCCGUAGCAGCGGCUGCGCUCGAGGUAAGGGUGGCAGCAUGCACAUGUACGGUAAGAACUUCUACGGCGGAAAUGGCAUCGUCGGAGCUCAAGUACCACUAGGUGUCGGUAUCGGCUUCGCUGCUAAAUACAACGGAACCCAGGGAGCCUGUAUUGCGCUGUAUGGCGAUGGAGCUGCCAACCAGGGUCAGCUGUUUGAGGUGUACAACAUGGCAAAGCUGUGGAACGCGCCUUGCAUAUUCGUCUGCGAGAACAAUGGUUACGGAAUGGGUACCAGCGCUGAGCGUGCGUCUGCCAACACCAACUACUAUACUCGUGGAGACUUUGUGCCCGGUAUCUGGGUCGACGGUAUGGACGUGUUGGCAGUUCGCGAAGCCACCCGCUUCGCGUUGGAACACACCUCCUCCGGCAAGGGACCAAUUCUGAUGGAAACGGCCACUUACCGUUACUCUGGACAUUCCAUGUCCGACCCCGGCACUAGCUAUCGCUCGCGCGACGAAAUCGCCGAAGUAAGACAAACUCGAGAUCCGAUAACAUCGCUACGCGAAAAGAUUUUAACGACCGAGCUGGCCACGGUGGAAGAGCUGAAGGAGAUUGAAGGCAAGAUUCGUGCUGAGGUAGACUCGGCGACAAAGGUGGCCAAGACCGACAAAGAAAUCUCCGUCGAUGAGCUUACCGCAGAUAUUUAUGCCAAUCCAGAAAACCUCACGUCCGUACGCAACACAGUGCCCCAUGCCGAACUGCAGCACAAGCGGCUUGGACAGGCGGUCAACAUGUAAACAUCUACAUGACAUGGCAUGGUUUGCUACGUUAAUAUGUGUUUCACCACUAUCGAAAUGUCCGGACAAGGAAAGAACAAAGCAGUAGAUGCAAUCUCACGAAUAAUUUCGAUUACGGUAAAAUCUGUUCUAAACGUCAUAUUUUUGUUCGGGAUCAGUGAUACCCUUUGCCUGGUCUUAAUGAUACGGGUAUAAUCAUAGCGAUCCAAACAAUAAUGUUUCUGUUUUUUUACAUAAUGUGAACGAGACAACAACUACAAACGAAAAACGUAUUUAAUUUUUUUUUUGUUCAUUAUAAACGGGUUGCAAGGCAUUUAAGACAAACCAUAAAAUACAUUUGACACUCAUAGAGUAAA